CCCACCGCCUCCCGGGGCUACGGAGUUGUUCCGCUUUGCUCCCGCUGUUCCGUCAGCCCCUCGGUUUGGGGGUCCCCCGGGUCAAUCCAGGGGUGCGUCCAUCCCGUCGCCGUUCUGCGGUGCCAAAGUCAAACUCCCGCCCUGUGGUACCGAAGCCAAACCUCAGCCAUACCUCCGGCUGUCGCGGUGCCUUCCCGUGUCCCCCCUCCCCUCCGCCCCCCGUUCCUGACGUCCUGAGCGCGGCUGCGGGAACACAAUGAGGCCCUGAGGAGCGCGGCUGCUCCGGCUGAGGAAACGGCAGCCGGCUUCCUCCGCAGCCCUGCCCUGGCCCCGCAGCUCCGCGCAGCCUGGACACCAUGGGCAUGUCUGCGGAGGACGAGAGCGCCGCCAGCCCCAGAGACGAGGAGUGGCCGGAAGCAGAGAAGGCUGAGAAGCUGGCGAGAGGAGCCGCUCUGAAAUGGGCUUCAGGGGUGUUUUACCGCCCCGAGAAACUGGAGGGGCUUGGGCAUUACCGGAGACGAGAGACGCAGAGGAACAACUCCAUCCAGUCCCGGCUGAAGUCAACUGUCCAGUCCUACCUGGAGGGGGUAAGUGCAGGGCUGGAGCAGCUGCGGUCGGCGGCCCAGGAGGUGCAGGGCGUGUGCCAGGACCUGGGGGCUGCACGGUGGGCCCUGCUCGACAGCGCAGACCACUUCCAGGGCCUCCAGCAGAUGAGGAAGCUGAUGGAGGAGCACGUGCAGCUGGCCUCGGUGGUCCAGGUGCUGCCCCAGAUCUUCUCAGUCCACGAGGUUUUUUCCCAUAUCCUGCAGCUGCUCCACGGGCAGCAUCUCUUGGAGGCCCACGUGGAGCUCAUGAUGGUGGAGCAACUCCGGGAUGACAUCCUCUCCCAGCUGCACCUCCGUGGGCUCUCUGGUGCCCAGGCAACUGUGCUGUCCUACUUCAGUGGCCUGCAGGACCUCAACGAGAGCCUGGCCAAGCAGCUGUGGGACAUUGUGGGCAGCAGCCUGCGGCUGGUGCGCGAGGACCCCGUUCUCUUUGUCACUGCUGUCAGGAUCAUCGAGCGGGAGGAGAAAAUAGAUGACACUCUGCUCUUGGAGGCCACCUUCCUGCCCCCCGGCCGCCCAAAGGGCUGGAGGCAGAAGUUCUACCAGGUCCUCCAGGACACCAUCACAGGAGCCCGUUUCCAUGCUCCCCGCAUGGAUGCUGAGGGACCAGGGCUGGCCAAGCACCUGGCAGCGCUGCAGAAGGACAUCGUGUCUGAGCUGCGUGUGGUGAAGGACCUGAUGGUGCAGUGUGUCCCAGCUCACUACAACAUCCUCAGCGUCUGCACUGCCACCUACCACCAGGCCCUCACCAGCCACCUCCAGGAGAUCCUGCGGGAGGACCUGGACAAACAGGGACUCUUCCUUCUCCUUGAGUGGGCGCUCCGUGUGUACCACAGCCCAGAGAUGAUGGGUCACCCUGACCUCCUCCCAGAAGUGGAUGUUUCUGCUCUGGAUCCCUUGAUGUCCUCUGAGCUUGUGGAUCAGACAGAGAGGAGAUAUGUGAUGAAAGUCAAGGCUAGUGUGUUCGAGUGGAUGCAGAGGACCCUGGAGGUGGAGUUCAAGGAAUGGUUCAGGGAAGAGGAACCUGAGACAGACCAUCAGGGCUUCUUCCAGUCAGCCUUGCCUGCCAUUGUCAUGCAGAUGCUGAAUGAGAACAUCCAGGUGGCUUCCUUGAUCACUGACUCUCUGCAGCAGAAGAUCUACAACAUGGCCUUGGAGGAGCUUGAGGCAUUCCUGGGCCGCCUGCGGGAAGCCCUGGUGCAGUGCGGGAAGGAGCACCAGCAGGACCGGGCUGUUCCCAAGUACUACAUCCCCCACCUGCUGGCCGUGCUCAACAACAACCUGGCCCUCAGCAAUUCUGUCUCCUCCCUGCACCCUGACACUGCCUGCAGAGAAGUCCCUGGAUCCCUGCAGACUGCUCUAGACAGGAUGCAGAAGAAAGCCACCCAGCUGCUGCUGGAGGAACUGCUCCUGGACCUGCAGCCCCUCUGCCUGCAGCUGCCUUCCCGCAAGUGGCUCUCCGGGUCCCAGCUCGUCGGCAGCAUGUGUGAAGUGAUUGACAAGUAUGCAAAGGACUUCUCCCGCGUCAGGAAACCCGUGUUCACGCUCCUGCUGGCGGAGAGCGAGCUCCUGGUGGUGAACCAGUACCUGCGGGCACUCCUGCAGAGGAAGAUGGUGUGCAAGAGCCGGGAGGAGCGGGGCCAGCUGUGCCACCGCCUGCUGCAGGACGCCACGCAGCUCCGGGAGCUCUUCUGUGGCCUGGGCCUGGAGCGGGGCCAGCAGAGCCUGGAGGCUGUUUUUGCCCUGCGGGAGCUGAUCUGCCUCAAAGACCCAGCACUGCUCAGCCUGGAGGUGAUGGGCUUCAUCACCAAGUACCCCGAUGUCAGCGACGAGCACAUCUCCACCUUGCUGGAUAUCCGCGGGGACGUCUCCAAGGAAGUGCGGCACAUGGUGCUGGGAAUGAUGGCUCAGCACCCCCAGGCUCUGCCCGAGGGCUACCGGCCCAUCUUCAGCACCAUCCUGGUCCCUGUGCAGGAGCUGCCCUUCUGCCUUCGCAAGGGCAAGUGUGCCUGACCCUGCCUGGCACUGGUGCCCUGCUGGUCCCACAGGGGCCAUGCAGGGUGGCUGUGCGUGGUGAGAAUGGAGGUGACGUGUGGCAUCCCCCACACACAGCACCUGCCCUCUGCUGGGGACAGUCUGGAUAAAGGCCAUUCUCCUCUGGUCUUGCCCUAUGAGAAGACUGUCCCCUGCAAGCACCAGUCCUGGGAUACCUGGACUGGGGGAAAUCCAACCUGUAGCUAUUUUGAUGGCCUGCUGGGACAGUGAGAGCUGCUCAGGCCCAUUGCCUGCAGGAGAAAGAAGAGUUGCAGAAUGGAAUCUGCAGCUGGGACAAAUUCACAUCUCCAUGGGGUUGCAGAGAUAUUUGGGUUUCCCCAUCUCCAGACAGCCCCCUGAGCCAGUGUGUCCCAGCCAGCUCCAAGUUUUUUUGCUCUUUCUGUUUCUAAGGCCUACUUUCCCAGCUUUCCCAAAACCCUCUGAUUUUAAAGAUUCCCACACCAGCCAUGGAAGCUGUUACCAUUCCAACCCUGAGGCAGACUGGAGCCUUGCUGGGACCAGGCUGGCAGGAGGGUUUCAGCCAUGGGAGGUACUCUGGGCUCAGCCCUGGGGUUGGGUGCUGCUGCUCCACCAGGCUGUGCCCUGCAUGGCCAGUGGGGAGCAGCUGAGCCAGCUCAUCAUGGCUCAGGGAUGCUGAGGAGAAGAGCACAAGGUGGUCUCCUCACCCUGGACAGUCCCAUCAGCCUUGCUGGCACAAAGGGACAGCUCUGAGUUCCUGCUGACCUGCCAGACUCCUGGCUCUGGCUCAUUGCCAGGACGAAGACUGGAGUUGGAGGCUCCCAAGCUGCAUGGAGAGCGUGGUUGUGCCUGGUGUGUUGUCCUGCUCCAAGGUUCCUCCGUGAUGGGCAGCACACCCUGAGCACUGGUUCUCCCUCCAUCCUGUGCUGCUGCCCAGGCCUUGGCAUCUCCUCCCAGGUGCCAUAUGAAGAUCAGGAGCAGUCUGUGUCUCUGCCUACACCCUUGUGCCCAGCCCCUGCAGUGCCCUGGGAGACCUCCAUGCUCUGCUGUGCUUCCCACCCUGGGAUGGGCCACAUCCCACUGUCCUUGCAUGGUACCACUGCUGGAAAUAAAGGCCUAAGCUCUGCACUCAUUCCCCAGUGUCCAGACUCUGCUCCCUGGAGGGUCGGGGCAGGGAUCAGGGUAUGUCAGUGGCACAGAGAGGGAGGGAUCCAUCCCCAUGUCCAGCAUCACCCUGUGCCAGCCCAGGAGAUCACUCAGGACACGGGGGAUGAUGCAGACACUACAUACCCCAUUGUCCAGGACAGAGGGGGCCGAUGCUCCCCAGCCCUGGGUCAGGUGGCUGCAGUGCUAGGGGGAUGCUCAGUGAAGGGUUCAACCUCAGCUUGGGAAGGUGCCCACUGUCCUCCCUGGGGCUCAUGGUGUGUUUGUCCAGCUGGCCACAGCUCCCACCUGCCUGAGAAGGUGUCUGCUCUCCCCACCUGCCCUCACUGGCUAUGGGACUUGCUCACCUGCACCACGGACAUGGUUCAAAGGGUGCAAGCCUGAGCCCUGGGAACAUCCAGGUGGGCCCAGGCCAGGACUUCAUGGCCAUGUGGAAAAACAGCUCUAGUCCCAAUAGAUCUGAAACAAGUCUGAGCACAGGAUGACUGUCCACCCCAGGAACUGGUGCCCAUCCUAGCAUGUCCAGCCCCACUGCUAUCCCAGCUGUGUGCC